CCGGGGUGGGGGGCAGCGGAGGCCCGGCCCCUGGCGCUGGCUUGGUCCCGCCCACACGGUGAUCGAGGCGGAGGCCGUCGGCUUGAACGCCAUCUUCAUCCUCCUCAUGUCCCGCGUAUCCCAGGUCUCAGGAGCCAUCUUGCCACCGCUCAGUUCCCUGGUGGGGUCCAGAAAGGUGUCACCAGUUGACGGAGGGGAGCACCUGGAGGCCGCUGACACAGCCUCGAGCCCUCGGAUGACGCUGGCCAAGCCCUUCCACAAAGCAGAAGCUCUCUUGCGCCAUUGCAUCAACCCUAGCCUGUGGCGCCUGCUUCCGCCCCGCACCGGCGAAAGCGCCUAUGAUAGCGAGGAAGAGGAAGAGGACUCCCCUGGCGGCCUGACCCGCCUCGCCGUGGUGGAGCGCAGCUUCUUGGGCCUGAGCCGCUGCCUGUGCGUGCAGGAAAACCCCCGUACGGAGACCUUCCAGGGCCGCGUGCGCCCAGCCACCCCCGACACCACCCAGGGCGCCUUCUCCUACCACGCGGCUCGCAGCACUGUGGCCCGUCAGUGUGCCACGCUGCACGCCUUGCUGCAGCACCGCCACCACUUGCGCCUCUCGCGCCACUACAGCCGCCGCCUCAAGGCCGCUUCAGACUUUGUGCGCCACCUGGCGACCGCCGAGCGCUGCCUGCUGCUGCCUGUGGGCAGGCACAACGCCACCUCGGGCCGCCUGCUGCGGGGGCUGUGCGAGGAGAUGCGCACCCACGCCUGCCACUGGGACGGGCUGCAGCAACACAUCCGCAGCGACCCCUGGCUGCGGCCCAGGCUGCUGCAGCGGCGCGAAGCGGUGCAGCGCAUGAAGCAGUCCCUCUCCUUGCUGGCCCUGCACGCGGUUUGCCUGCUGGAGCGUUGCGUGGAGGCCGUGCUGCGCAGCUUGGCCCAGGGCCCCCCCGCGCACCCCGCCCUGCUCUCCGACUUCUGCCAGGGACUGGAGAUCUACAACCAGGUGGUGAGCGGCCAGGCCCUGCAGCAGGCCUUUGCGGAGCUCCAGGCAUCACCAGGGGCCAAGGCCGGUCUGCACAGUGCGCCGGGCAGCUCCCACGCCUUCCCCGUGGAGCGGGUGCUGGGCAUCGUGGCGGAAGAGAGGGGCCGACUGGCGGCCCAGAGGCUCCUCCAGCUCAUCCUCCGGGUCGGGGCUGGCGCCUGGGGCCCAGGGCCUUGGGAGAGCAGUGCUGAGUCCUGGCUCCUGGCUGGGCCCCCCCAGAUACCUCAGGCGGGCGAGGGCCUCCUCAGCCUCUCCGCGGAGCUGCGGUCCUUGUGCCAAGAGGAAGAAGAGGCGAUGCUACUCCUGCUGCGGGAGCUGGUGGCCUCCACCGACAGCCUGUGGCAUCACAUCCUCCACCGGCCCAGGCAGGAGAAGCCCCUGGAGCACCUGGAGCCUCCCGGAGGGGCUGACUCCGUGUCCCUGCUCGGCUGGAAGUCUGUGCGCUGGCUGGACGCGUCUUUCGCGGAGGCCGCUGGAGCGCUGUACGCGCAAUACCGCCCGCUCCUCUGGAGGGCUGCCGCAGCCGCCUUGGCCCACCUGCUGGAGCUCCAUUCCACCCUGGCUCCGUUUCACGAAGGGGUGGGUGCUGCUCUGGGCCAGCAGCUGAGCAGUGCCCUGGCCCAGGCGUGCGUGCCCCAAGAGAGCGCGGAGGAGCUGAGCUGCCUGGCGCUGCGCCUGCUCGUGCGCGAUGUCCUCCGGCACUGGGACCAAGGUUUCUGCCAUGCGCUGGGCUCCAGCCUCGCGGACAAAUGCUCAGCCCAGCCCUCCCAGGCCACAGAUGCCGCCUGCAGCCGCACAGCCCAGUGCUUGCAGAGCCUCUACCCGCCCUUGGCCUUCGGCCUGCGGUGCCUGGACGCCCAGCCUGUGGGGAGCACAGCUGGGCCCCGCGGCCCCGCAGGCCUCCACCAGGAGCUGCUGUCCCUCUUGGCGGCCACCAGCCACGCCUCCUGCUACUGGACCAUGAGCAGGGCCUACCAGUACUUGGCUUCCUGGUCGCUCAGCCAGUUCCUGCUUGUGACGCAGGGAGACUUGCCGCUGCUGAAGGCCGAGACAGACAGGAUGUCUUCGCUGGUAACCACGGCCUUCUCCAAGGGCAGGAGGGAGCAGGACGCCCUCGUCUCUCAUCCAGCACAGGUGCUGAGCCUGCAAAUCCACUCCACAGCCGCCAGCAUCCAACUGUUUGCAGGUGAUGUGCUGAAGCUCUUCUUCUUGGACUGCAAGCGCAUGUCGGCAGAGAUCUUUGGGCAGACGAUGCCGCUUGGCAAACACUGGCGUCUCGCCCUCCGAACAGAGCUGCCCACCUCGCCCAGCGAGUACGCCUCUGCCGCUGCCCAGUCUGUCCUGGGCCAGGUGCUGCAGAGCCUCCAGCUGCUGCCCCAAGACGCCCAGGGCCCGGCCCUCAGCCAGGUCACCACUGCCUUCUUGGAAGCCUGGAUGGACCACAUCCUUGCCCAGAAAAUCAAGUUCAGCCUCCAGGGCGCCCUUCAGCUCAAGCAGGACUUUGACUUGGUCAGGGAGCUGCUGCAGUCGGAGGACUCGGGGCUCUCUCCGGAGAUCAAGCAGCUGGUGCUCUCGCUGCGGGUCUUCCAGCAGACGGACAACGCCAUCGCCUGCCUCUUGCAACAGCCCAGCAAGGCCUCCUUGCCCUCGCACACCUGGGGCGCCUUCCACAAGUGCUGCUCCUACGAUGGGAUCCAUGCACAGGACGGCGGCCCAGGCAGCCUCAACAGCCUGGAGAGCCUGGAAGGGCUGCCUGCCCAGGCAAAGGCGGCUCUGGAGAGCCAGGCAGGCGACUUGCUGAGCCGCAUGCAGGGGGGCGGCUGCAGCCCCGAGACCUACCUCAGCCCCACGCAGCAGGAGUGGCUGGCGCUGCGGCUGCACGGGGGCCGCCGCUGGAAAGUCCCUGCCCUGCCUUGCAUGAACAGGAGCUCCGAGCCCUGAGUGGGCUGCCCCUCCGCCCACGGACCGACCGUGUGGCCUCGCCUCUGCCAGUGGAGCUUUGGAGCACCCCCACUCCCAGCCUGCACUAGGGCUUCCCUUUCCGCCCCCUUCUCGGAGCCUCUGCCGGUAUGUGCCUCGUGCCCUCUGGGCCCUGCAGCUGUGGCUCGGCUGCUCCCAAGCCUGGCUCCAUGAUGAAAGCUGCCCGAGGGGAGGGGCCACGCUUCAAAGCUGCCUGUCGCACUGGGAUCCUUCCAACCGACCGACCGAGGACUCCCACCCCGGAGCUGCAUGGCCACUUUCCCCCGGUGCUAAAGGAGAGGCGUUGCUCUGUCUUGUCUGUGCCUCUUUGCCAGGUCCUCCAGGAGAUGACGUUCCAUAUGGAGCAGCGAAUCCUUCAGGAGCAGCAAUAAGUCCACUGGGAGGAAGGCUAAGGGAGGGAGUUGUUGCUGGAUGAAUCACAUGUCAGCUUGUUGCGUAGCAAUGGCUGAAGAAAUAAAACCUACUGCGAU